AGCCUGACUCAAGAACAUAACGAGAGCGGAGCCGCUGCCCGUCUGGGUCUGGAUCCGGGUGAUGAGAGCCACGAAGAGCUUUGUUUUCACGGCGUCGUCUUGUUUCCCACCGCAUCAUCAAAACCGCUCUCGGUCUCCUUCGCAGUGGAACUGCGGCUCUCUCCAACUAUGGAUUGCUUAAUUGAAGUUGGGCCACCUGAUCCUGCUUUCGCCGGGGCAACCCCGUGAUAUUUAGCGAAGGGAGAGAAGUCGUUAUGAGCAAUUGUGAAAGCGGAGGAUUUCCUGCGCAGAGGCAACGAUUUCAUCCUGAGGACACAACCUUUUCACUGUGCGUAACGGACAUCGAUGCAACGGAGCUGUUUGCAACUAAGUGAAAUGAUUGGCGCAAUGUUCUAGCAGACACAGAGAGGCUCCUUAGUUAGUGUGGAGAGUUUUGUUUGUGACAGCUUUUAUUUCUCUCUUGUGCGCGCAGCCUGAUUUACGCACCAGUCUGAACCGCCCCGCGGUCAGAUUACCUGGGAGGCUUUUGAACUUUUCUCCGCAACUAUUUUAUUUUAAAGCUGAACCCAUGGCUUUGCCGGACAGUGGCAUAUCUGGAGAGGAAAUCCCUUUCCCAGAAAUAAUAGAGCUCAAUGUUGGUGGCCAGGUGUACAUAACGCGCUACUCUACCCUCACCAGUGUGCCGGACUCGCUGCUGUGGGAGAUGUUCAGUCAGAAGUCAACCAAAGGGCUGGCCAGGGACACCAAGGGGCGUUUUUUCGUGGACCGCGAUGGUUUCCUGUUCCGCUACAUCUUGGACUACAUGCGGGACCAGCAGCUGGUUCUCCCGGACCACUUCCCGGAGCGCGGGCGUCUGCAGAGGGAGGCUGAGUUUUUCAACCUGCCGGAGCUCGUCAAGCUGCUGGCGCCCAAAAUCAGCAAGCAGAACUCGUUGGGGGACGAGGGGUGUCCGAGCGACCCGGAGGACUCCUCACCCGGGAUCGACUCGGCGCGCAGCCUGGGCUCCCUGGGGGCCGCAGCGGCCGCCUGCGCCAGCCUGGUGCCCGGUGCCAUGGACGGGAAGCGCUCAGGGUUCAUCACCAUCGGCUACCGGGGGUCGUACACUCUUGGCCGUGACAGCCACACCGAUGCCAAGUUCCGUCGGGUGGCACGGAUCAUGGUGUGUGGGAAGACCUCCCUGGCCAAGGAGGUGUUCGGAGAGACCCUAAACGAGAGCCGUGACCCGGACCGCCCCCCAGAGCGCUACACCUCCCGCUACUAUCUGAAGUUCACCUUUUUGGAGCAGGCCUUUGACAAGUUGGCAGAUGCGGGCUUUCACAUGGUGGCCUGCAACUCCACAGGAACCUGCGCCUUUGCCCAUGAACAGACGGACGACAAGAUCUGGACCAGCUACACUGAAUAUGUGUUCUACCGCAGUUCCUCUGCCAUUCCUGAGGCCGUCGCCUCAGAUCCACCAGCUCCUGACGAGGCAGUCAGGCCCAAACCUGCCGCCCUUCUUCACGAAUCAACCAUCAUGGAACUCGGCAGCACCGGCAGAACCAAAAGCCUCCCAGAAACCAGCUGCAGCUCCUCGCUGGACCUUCAUAAACCUCUCCCUCCUCCUCUGACUCCUCCUCCUCCACCUCUACCUCCUGCUGCAGACAUUCCUGACCUUCCUCUUCCAUCGCCCCCCAUCCUGCCUCCCCCUCUGCUUUCCAUCAAGUCGGCUUCCACCUCCAGUCCUCCUCCCUCUCUGCUUUCCAUCAAGUCGGCUUCCACCUCCAGUCCUCCUGUCCCUCCAGUGCCGCCCCUCGGCGACAGCCCCCAGCGUCCCACCACGCUCAACAUCAAGACACUUCCACGCUCCACUGCGAGGGAGAACGGUGGCCCUCCGCCUCGGGCCGACGACAAUGAGGACGAGAGGAAGCUGCUGGAAGAGGAUCUAAAAAAAUGCAUUGAGGACUUCAAAAAGAUCCGCUUGCCCACGGUGUUUCCAGACCGCAAGAGGCACUGGCAGAACGACCUGCUCAAGAAGUACAAUGCGUGAAGAGCCUCUCCGUGGUGCUGCUGUGAACAAACCCGACUAAAACCUUUAGAAACUCUGCUGCGGUUGGUGAAGAGAAGCUCAGGUUUACAGUAACAUUACAAAAAAAAGAGCAUUUGCACCCAGUUUUUUUUUCUGUUUUUACUUUUUGUUGUCACAAUUAAAUGUUUCAGAUCAUCAAACUAGCUGUAACAUCAGACAAAAAAGCAAAAGCAGGGUAAACACAAAAGUCAGUUUUCAAAUAAUGGCCACAUGUAUUAACAAAAAAUUUAUCCAAACCAGCAUUGUCCAAUAUAAAAAAGUAAAUAAAACCAGCAACAGCGUGACUGGGUUACCUGUCAGUGAGUUCUUCACAAUGCAUUUACAGCCAUUUAGCAUCGAUUCUGUGCUAAGUGUGCUUUUGGGUCACCGUCCUGCUGUGUAACUCGUGUGUGGCAGAUCAGAAACCGACUUUCAUGGUUCCAUCAAAUUACAGCAAGUCGUCCAAAAGCUGAUGCAGUGAAACAGUCCCAGAUCAUGAUACCGCCACUACUUUUGACAGUAAAUGUGACAUUCUUUUUCUAAAAUGCCUCAUCACUUUUCACAUGAGAUGUAGCCGAGAGCGCACCUUUCAGAAAGUGGAUUCCUUUGUGACACCCUGGAUGAGACUUCAGUGUCCUCUUUAAGUAAUUUUAGAAGACAGUCCCCUCCUGGGAAGGUUCAACGCCACGUUUUCAUGUAUUUGUGAAUAAUACUCCCAUUGUGGUUCACUGCCAUCACCUCAGCUUUGCAACCCUGCUGAUGUGAAUUGCUCGUCUUUUAUUUGACAUUAAAAUAUGUUUGGCGAUCUGAAACAUCUCAGUGAGACAGAAGAAAUGCCUAAGGGGGCAAAUACCUUUUCGCAGCUCUGUAAACGCCAGAAAGUUUACUUCACCUGGACUUUUAAACAACUUUUCUAUUUGUCAAAGAAUGUGUGACGCUCAGGUUAAAACUGAAGGGAGUCAAUAGACACUAAAAGUGUCAGUUUACCUCAACAAAAACCCAUAUCGCUGUAGAACCUCGGCGACUCCUUCCACGUGAAACAUAGAGAAAGGAAAGAAGAUAAAUGUGAUGUCAUUUAUUAGGGAUUCCUGCUUUCCUCUCUGCGACGUGUCUGCUGAUCGAGCAACUGGAAAAUGCCAGCAAACUGCCACGCUUCUAAAGCGUUUGACCUUAAUGGCGCAAAAUAAAGGAAGGGAGUGAAAUUUCUGGAUUUAAUCUCUGUGAGUUCACCUCAUCAAUAUUACAUGGCUGGCUUCAAAGCCUUUCUACUCUAAUACAUGAGCUCCACAUUUUGCUUCACUCUGUGUUUAUCUUCCAGUUAGCGAUGGAAAGAAUUCAGAGAGAGAGAGAGAAUGGAGCCUAUCGGAAGCAGAGAGGGUAAUUACAGGCAGGACUGAAUGUGGAAUAAGAAUGGCAGUAAUGGUAGAUGAACCACUGUACAGCCCCUUUUGUUCCUCUGUCUGCACUGCAUAAAAUGCUCAUCCAGCGCCACUAAUGAAUUACCAGGUGUCUGCAUGUCCCUAUUUCCGUCCGUCAUUGUGGGGAAAAUGUGAUAAGCAAGUCGGUAUGAAAUGAAAGAAUAAUUGCCUUUUGUCUUUUCAAUUGUUCUGAAUCAUGCGCUGUGUUGCACUGAACUCGGCGGCUGUAAGCUUAGCUCUGCAACAAAAAACAGACAAGAAAACAGUGCAUGAGGAAGAUUUGCUAUAUUUUGUAAACAUGGAUGCACAAGCCAAAAUAUUGCAGAAAAGAAAUGACAGCUGAUCAAGCACAGAGUUACCAAUGACAGACUGUGUUACAGGCUCAAGGAAAGUAGAGGAAAGGCAAGUUUGUUAGUACAGCAACACUCACACACAAGACAGCUCAAAGUGUUUUACAGAUAAAUGGAAAAGACAAUGGAGUACAGCAGCUAGAGUGAGGCAAAAACAAUUGUAUUCAAAACAAGAAAUGCAUUUAUUGGACAAAGGCAUAAUUCAAAUAUGAUGUCAUUAAUUUGAUCUUUAACUUUUAUGAAAGACCCGCAGAGAACACUGCUGUUUUCAGGCCUGUUUCUGCAGAUCUCAGGUUUUCAGGAGGCUUGUUCGGGAGCAGAGGAGCAAAAUUAACAAAGCAAGUACAGAACUUGUUGGGUGAAACCGUUUAUUUAGCUCCUAUGUUGACAGAAACACCCAAAUCACAACCUAAUAAAGUCUCCUCUCACUGCAUAAAUGUGAAGAAAUGUAGUAAUCCUCGUUGAAAUGCAUUGUGGUGCAGUUAAACUGCUUUUUCACACCGUCAGCUCAUUGAAUAGAUGCUUGCUACACAUCACUGUUAUCUGUAGGACAGGAAUGCAGGACGCUAGGUAAGAUGUGGACUUGACGGCAGCACAGGACACAACUUCGGACAGCAACGCUGUAGUCACUCAUCAGACUGACAUGUCAUCUGAAAGGAUUUACUCACCGAGAGCAGCAGUGGUCUUGUUGGGUUAGUAUGACUGAACGAUGGUGACUUGACAUCUGUUUGAGCUAAUGCAAGUUGACUCUAUUGAAGGAAAGGUUCUUGUGACCUCUGCUGAAAUAACUGUUGAAUUCCUGCAGGAAUCUUACAUUGUCUUAAUUUGCUCUAAGCUUAGAAAAAAAUACAACUUGAGCAGACUAAUAUUCUCAUUAAGAACACACACAAAAAAUCUGAUUUUCCACCCCUCUCAGAAUGAAUUAACCUCUUUUAAUACAGAGUAAUACCUCAGGAAACCAUAAACCCACAAUUCUAACUCAGUUUGGAAAAGGAGGUGAUGGAUUCUUGGAUCUCCCACGCCAGCAGUUCAGUGGUGCCUUAAUCCAGGACAAGAUAAGAAACCGAGUGAAAGCAGCUUAAUAGAAGCAACAGUUUUACCACCUCCAACUGAUGCAAUGAACAUGUCCCGAUCAAUAAAUCAGCGGAGGAGAAGAUUGUCUCCUGACAGCCAAGCAUCGGAUUUCUGUUCUUUUUUUGGGGGGCGAUGGAGAUGCUCAUGUUCAGUACUGUGGUGUUUUUUUUUACAUUGUCUUCAAAAGCCUGACUAAUUACCACGGCAGCUUUCGUGUGGUGUGUUUUUCUUUCAUAUUGUGUUUGCGGUCCUCUUGAAUAUAGAUGCACCUUUGAUGUUCCCCUCCACGUCUCCUCUAGUCUCGUCUCUCCAGAAAUAAUCAGUGACGCAUGAGACCAUCCGAUUGCUGUUUUUGUUGGGAUUCAUAUAAAAAUAUCCAUGCAUUAUUUUGGCCUCACAAAUAAUAAAUUAAAAAAGAAAUCUGGUGAGCAACAAGCAACAAAUCGCACACACAGCCUCUGCUACGAAUGCAAUGCUUCCCAUCUCGGUGAAUUUUUUUUAUUUAUGUUUUGCUCAUUUUAUCCUCCCCCUCUGACUCAUUUAAAACUAAUAAAGUCAAACUUCUCUUUGUUUGUCAAAUUCCCA